UUUUGCCCUGUUCGUGCGUGGAGGCGCCAGCAGCGUAGCGCACACGUCCUCAUCCUACCCCCAGCUCCCAAUACCACGAUGCUCUGUGCGCGCGCCCCUUACAUGCGCGGCUUCGCCGCCCGGCGCACGGCCCUCUCGGUGUACGCGCUCUCCUCUCGCUCGUUCUCGCAGUCGGCGCGGGCGUUCGCUGCGGCGCAGAAGAUUGCCGUGAAGAACCCGGUCGUCGAGCUUGACGGCGAUGAGAUGACACGCAUCAUCUGGAAGAAGAUCAGGGAGGAGCUCAUUCUGCCGUACGUGGACCUGAACAUCAAGUACUAUGACCUGGGAUUGGAGGCGCGCGAUGCGACGGACGACCAGAUCACGGUGGACGCAGCCAAGGCCAUUUUGGAGAACAAAGUCGGCAUCAAGUGCGCAACCAUCACGCCAGAUGAGGCGCGCGUCAAGGAGUUCAACCUCAAGCAGAUGUGGCGCUCCCCCAACGGCACCAUCCGCAACAUCCUCGGCGGCACGGUCUUCCGUGAGCCCAUCAUCCUCGAGCGCGUCCCCAAGCCCGUUCCGGGAUGGGUAAAGCCCAUCACCAUCGGCCGCCACGCAUUCGGUGACCAGUACCGCUCGACGGACUACAUCGUCCCUGGCGCAGGCCGCCUCGAGCUCGUCUUCACCCCCAAGGACGGCUCCGCCCCCACCACCAUGAACGUCUUCGACUUCAAGGACCCCGGUGUCGCCAUGGCCAUGUACAACACCGAUGAAUCCAUCACUGGCUUCGCCCACGCUUCUUUCAAGAUGGCGCUCGCCAAGGGCGCUCCGCUCUUCAUGUCCACGAAGAACACCAUCCUAAAGAAGUACGACGGCCGGUUCAAGGACAUCUUCCAGGAGAUCUAUGAGGCGCAGUACAAGGCCGACUUCGAGAAGAAGAGCAUUUACUACGAGCACCGUUUGAUCGACGACAUGGUCGCGCAGGCGAUCAAGAGCUCGGGCGGGUUCGUGUGGGCGUGCAAGAACUACGACGGUGACGUGCAGUCGGAUAUCUUGGCGCAGGGCUUCGGCUCGCUGGGGAUGAUGACCUCGGAGCUGAUCACGCCGGACGGGGAUGUGAUUGAGUCGGAGGCGGCGCAUGGGACGGUCACUCGGCACUACCGCGAAUGGCAGAAGGGCAACGAGACGUCGACAAACCCGGUCGCGUCCAUCUUUGCGUGGACUCGCGGCCUGCUUCACCGCGCCAAGCUCGACGGCAACGAUGCGUUGACGGCAUUCUGCAAGGACUUGGAGGCGUCGUGUGUCGAGGUCAUCGACAAGGACGGCAUCAUGACGAAGGAUCUUGCCCUGGCUAUCCACGGCAAGAACAUGAAGCGCGAGCACUGGGUCGUCACAAACGAGUACAUGGACGCCGUCAACGACAAGCUCAAGAGCAAGAUCGCGGCACGUACCGCUUGAUUGCGGAGGUCGAUGAGCCCAUACCCUUGGUUAUGUAUGGAUUGAUUUCGGUGCACGCACCUGUAGUACUUAUGUCGAUAGGUCGUCGCGCUCCUAAAAAUGUAUAUUGUGCAUAUUCA